AUGUUUUGGACACGCCUCCUGUCAAAACGUCACAUCCAAACAUGGCAGCUUACUUGAGCCGGUUACACCACAUUUCGCUCCACGUUUCCAACGCGGAGAAAAUAGCAAAUGACCUUGUGUCUAAAUUCAAGUUUAAUUUGUUUGCGACCAGACUAACCGACAGAUCCAGACAGCUGGCUGUCAGAAAAGGAGCUGCAGUUUUCAUCGUGAAUGAGAGAGCAAACGAGAGCAGUGUGAGUUUGAAUGGAGAGCUGAGAUAUUCAGCAGAUUCACACCGGGUCAACGCGGGGAAACACAACCAGGAUCAUCACACGAAAUGUCUUUACGAUGUCAGCCCACAUUACUCGGUGGAUACUGUAAGCAACGUGUGUUUCGAGGUGGAGGAUGUGGAAAGGUCAUUCAAAGCUCUAAGCCAUCUGGGCUGCAAUUUCCUGGUGCCUCCCACAACUGUUCAGGACCAGAGCGGUGUUGUCACUUACUCUGUGGUUAAAUCUAUAGUGGGGAAUGUGUGCCACACACUAAUAGACAGGACAAAAUACGAGGGAAGCUUCUUGCCCGGGUUUGAUGUCAUCGAAAAGGACUGCAACUUGGAAGAAGAGGACAUGUCUUGUCCAGUCACACAUUUUGAUCACAUAACUUAUGCCUGUAACAGAAAAACAACCCACCAGAUCAUGAGGUGGUAUGAGGAGUUCUUUGGUUUUCAGAGGUUUUUCAUUGACGGUAAUGAAGAUGUGGAUGAAGGUUUCGUCAUAGACCAGGAGGGCAUCGGACUGCGCCUUUUUGCCAUGGAGUACUGGAAAUGCAGCAAAGUGGGCAUCACUCUCCCCUCCUUGGACAAAAAAGAGCCAGACUGCAAGUUUGUCAUUGGAGAAUCACUGCCUGAACGAGGCAGUAAUCAGGUUGACACCUUCUUGGAGAAGCACAAGAGCCCGGGGAUCCAGCACAUUGGGCUGUACACAGAAGAUAUUGUUUCUACUGCACAUGCGAUGGCUGAAGCUGGUGUCCAGUUUUUCUCCCCUCCUCAUGCCUACUACACCAAGGUGGGAAAACAGCAGGAGAUAGAGGAGGCAGGACACAACCCCCAGAUGCUGGCGCAGCAUGGCAUUCUCCUGGACACAGACCUGCACCAGGAUCCGUCAUCACAGACAGCAUCGAGUGAAAACAAAAGAUACCUUCUCCAGGUGUUCACUAAGCCCAUCUUUGCAGAGGACACCUUCUUCCUCGAGCUGAUAGAACGAAGGGGGGCGAAAGGUUUUGGAGAGGGGAACAUCAAGGCGCUGUGGAGGUCGGUGCAGGCGCACAUGGAGAAUGAGAGAGGAGAUUCUCAAGGAGAGGAAUCCCCCAAAAGUGUGCAAACUGCUAAUUAUUAGUCACUCCAGAGAUUUUUAACUGAGGUUAUUUUAUUUAUUGUUUUUUGUAUAUAUUAAUAUGAAUGCACUUAUUAUAGGGAAAAGGUGUAAAAUGUAAAAAAAUAAAUAAAUGUAUUUUUGGACAGAGUAAAUCUCGAGCUACACGUUGCACUGCUAACAAAGUACGAAUUAUGUAUUGUAGUCAUACCUAGCUUUCAACAUGACUGAACAGAUUAAAUACCACACUGUAGGCAAAGUGGCACAAAAGCAGAUGUUACAUGUUACACUUGAAAUGUUUCUACAACAAAUACACUUGCUGUGUGCUCUACUGUGUCAAAGCAGCUGACUGACUCGAGAACAACUGUUCCUUAAUAAAUCUGUUACUCACAGUAGACUGUGAAGACCAAUUACUGUCUCAAUAUGAUGUGCUCAGUGUGUCUUAGAAUGUGGGUGGGCCAGAUUUCAGAAUAAGAGCUCUUGAAAUCUCUUAGGUCAUCUUGGGUAAACAUCACCAGCGAUCAGAGAUGGAAAGUCAGAACAUUUACUUCUGUAAAGUGCUGUGACUUUACUUGAUUAUGUCCAUUAAAUGCUGCACUUUUA